UUUAUCCUUUCGCUGCUGCAGCCAAGAUUUGUCUCCUCCUCUUUGUGGAGUCAGACAGCUUUCCCCUUCACCUUGGUCUCCUUAGUGUAAAGCCCUAGGAGGCCACGGCCUCUCCGUAUUCCCUUGAAUCCAUAUCAGGAUGCGCUCCGAAGGAUCACCCAUGCGGGAGCAGUUCCUUAAAAUGGACCACCAGUCCCCCAUCCCUAGGUAGGUGCAAGCCUCUCUCGAACCUCGCUCUCUCGCUCGCUCGAGCCUUUGAACCUCAUCCUUUCCUUCCUUGUCCACCUCCCCCCCCCCAACCUAAGCGAGAAAGAAAACUCCGGGCCGAUUCUCGCCACAGGAGCUGGUUUCUAAGAGAUGGAAGAAAAGAAAAAGAAAGUCACAGGUGACUUGUUCCAAUUAGUAAACGUCUAAUUAAAUUAGUGUCAGAUUAAAGCAGCCAAUAGGGCCGGCCUUUAUCAGGGAGAGGGGGCGGGGGGGAGAGAUGCCGGAAAGCGAAGCCCCUCCCCAGGCUCGCCUAUAUAAAGUUGUUGGUGGCGGCCGGCCGGCUUGCUUCUAGUUGGCUCUCGAGCCAACUUUCGCAGGAAGAUAGCAGUGAGGGAGGAGAGCAGGGGCGGCGGGCAGGUGGGGGGAGCAAACUGGGCGCUUCCUCGGGGACUCGAGGUUGUCGCUGCCCGUGGCCAGCCUUCUUUAGGAUAGGGCCGAGGAGGGAAAGGGCUUCCGCAGUUGGCACUCGCUGCUUCGAUUAUUUCCUGAGGAAAAGGUGCGGGGUGAAGCCUGCGACCGGAGGCUAGUAGGUCUAAGGGGCAGGAGGUAGGAAGGGGGGAGCUGCCAGUCCUCUCGGAAGAGGGCGCUGCCUUCUCUCCUGUCUCGGCAAGGCUCCUGGAGGCUGAGAGAAAAGCCCAAGCGUCGAGUGGCCUUCAGCGUCUGGGCAGAGAAUGCAGUUGGGAGAGCCGCUCUUGGCGAGCGCUGUCCACUUGCCCAGCGCUCACUUUUACCCUCUGGAGAGCGCGAGUGCAAGCGCAAGCGGAGGCAGUAGUGGUGGUGGCGGCGGCGGCUCCCAUCACGGGUCCGGCUCCCCAGCACAGAGGCUGGACUUGGACAAAGGGCAGAAAAAGUUCCGGACCGGGCUCGCGUGCGAAGCUGCGCGGGAGCCCGCCUCGUCCAGCGGCGGGGCCGCCCCCCCGGGCAUGCUGAGCGACGCCGAGGACACUUUUUCCAGCGGCGCCUCAGUGGCCAAGCCGGGCGUCCCGGACGGCCGCAAAGGCUCUCCGUGCGGCGACGAAGAGCUGCCUUCAGCCGCGGCAGCAGCGGCGGCAGCAGCGGCAGCGGCAGCAGCGGCAGCGGCAGCCGCUGCACGCUAUCCCAUGGACAGCCUGAGCCCGGACCGCUACUACCUGCAGUCGCCCGGGCCGCCGCAGGGCGCCGAGCUGGCCGCGCCCUGCUCCCUCUUCCCCUACCCGGCGGCGGCGGCGGCAGCCGCGGCGGCCCAGCACGGCUCCGUGUACCCGGCCCCCAACGGCGCGCGGUACCCCUACGGCUCCAUGCUGCCCCCCGGAGGCUUCUCGGCCGCAGUGUGUUCUCCCGGCAGGGCGCAGUUCGGCCCUGGCGGCCCGGGCGGUCCCGGUAGCGGCCCCGGCGGCGGUGGCGGGCCUGGCGGCUAUCAAUACGCACAGAGUGGUCCUGGUGCUCUCUAUGGCCCCUAUCCGGGGGCUGCCACGGCGUCGGGCUCCUGCGGCGGCCUGGGCGGUCUUGGAGUGCCUGCCACCGGGCUGCGUGCCCAGGUCUACCUCUGUAAUCGUCCCCUGUGGCUCAAGUUUCACCGGCAUCAGACGGAAAUGAUUAUUACUAAGCAGGGCAGGAGGAUGUUUCCUUUCCUAAGCUUCAACAUUAAUGGACUUAACCCAACAGCCCACUACAACGUGUUUGUGGAGGUGGUGCUGGCUGACCCCAACCACUGGCGAUUUCAGGGGGGCAAAUGGGUGACGUGUGGCAAAGCUGACAACAACAUGCAGGGCAACAAAAUGUAUGUUCACCCGGAGUCUCCCAACACUGGCUCUCACUGGAUGAGGCAGGAAAUCUCCUUCGGGAAACUGAAACUUACCAAUAACAAAGGCGCUAACAACAACAAUACCCAGAUGAUCGUCCUGCAGUCUCUUCACAAAUAUCAGCCCCGGCUUCACAUUGUUGAAGUGACAGAGGACGGUGUGGAAGACCUUAAUGAUUCCUCCAAGACUCAGACAUUCACUUUCUCUGAAACCCAGUUCAUUGCUGUGACAGCUUACCAGAACACUGAUAUCACUCAGCUGAAGAUUGACCAUAAUCCAUUUGCAAAAGGUUUCAGGGACAACUACGACUCCAUGUACACCGCUUCCGAAAAUGACAGGUUAACUCCAUCUCCCACGGAUUCUCCUAGAUCCCAUCAGAUUGUACCGGGAGGCCGCUACGGGGUUCAGUCCUUCUUUCCGGAGCCUUUCGUCAACACUUUACCUCAAGCAAGAUAUUAUAACAGCGAGAGAACCGUCCCACAGACCAAUGGCCUCCUUUCCCCCCAGCAAAGUGAAGAGGUGUCCAACCCUCCCCAGAGGUGGCUCGUGACUCCCGUGCAGCAACCUGGAGGCAACAAACUGGAUAUAAGUUCCUAUGAGUCAGAGUACUCUUCUAGCACCUUGCUGCCCUAUAGCAUUAAAUCCCUGCCCCUCCAGACGUCCCAUGCCCUGGGCUAUUACCCUGACCCUUCCUUCCCUGCAAUGGCAGGGUGGGGGGGCCGAGGCUCUUACCAGAGAAAGAUGGCAGCUGGGUUGCCAUGGACAUCCAGGACCAGCCCUCCUGGUUUCUCUGAAGAUCAGCUCUCCAAAGAGAAAGUCAAAGAAGAAAUUAGCUCUUCCUGGAUAGAGACCCCUCCUUCCAUAAAGUCUCUUGAUUCCAAUGAUUCUGGGGUGUAUACUAGUGCUUGCAAGAGAAGGAGGCUCUCUCCCAGUACCUCCAGCAACGAAAACUCCCCAUCCAUAAAGUGUGAGGACCUAAAUGGAGAAGAUUAUAGCAAAGACACUUCCAAAGGCAUGGGCUACUAUGCCUUCUACACGAGUCCGUAAAAGGAAGCCGUCUCUUCCUUCCUCCUGUAAAAUUGGCCAGUUUUUCAAGGUGGACUUGGUGCGUGUGCUUGGGGUUCGGUUUGGUUGGUUUUCGUUUUGUUUUGUUCCUGUCUAGGUUGCCAAAAAGACUUGCCUCCCACCUAGAAGCAUACUGUGUGGUGCAAUUCUUUAUAGAAGGUGCCAAAGCUUUUUGAUUGCUGCAGGUAAUGGGAACCAACCUAGUAUCUCGUUUGUUUUUGCUUUGGUUUUUGUGUGUGUGUGAUCAGCUAAUGGCUUCUACAACUCUGACAUUAUAAGGAUACUCGAGGUUCUGGGUUUAACCACGUGGCAUAUUUAUUGGAGACACUAAACCUUCAGGGAGGUAUCCGAGGGGCCUCUGAGGAUGGGAUUUGGGGAUCGAUGCUGGCAACCAAGCUGCAGCCAGCCCUCAUUUCGAGUUCAAAGUCUCUAAGUAAAGAAGAGCAGAGAGUGUGUGGCAAAGGCUUUCUAAUUUUGGAAGAGCCAGAGGUGGGCCUCAUGACUCAACUGAGGUCUUUGGCAAUGCAGAGCUGUUAAUAUGCUUUUCCUGAGGAUGGUGAGAGCCAGUGCCCAGGAGAGGGACAGGCCUUUCCUCUCUCUUUUUCAGGCUUCCAGAGCUGGCCAGGUUUGCCUCAGCACAUGACUGCUGCACUUAAGAAAAGCUAAACCUGUUCUGUGGUUGGCAUUAAAAGAGCCCUGUGGGAGGGGAGGAGGUCACCAAAAAUAGAAUUAAAAGUGUACAGUUGUGUGUGUUUAGGUACACUGUAGAAUACUGUGGAAUAUCUUCUUGUACAAAUAGUCUACAUAGGAGUCCUGCUAAGAUCAUGUAAAGUUGGUGCUUUGGCCUUGAAAGGGAUUUUCAGAAUACAAGAGGCCGGAUUUUGGGAGGAGAUUGGGGUUGGAUGGCCUUCCCCCUUUUCAGUACUUGGGGAAAGAAUCAACCUGGUUACUUUGUAGGUAGGAAAGAGUGUAUUUUUCAGCUCCCCUGUACUAACUUAAAAAUGUGUUUUAAAAUAACAAUCAAACUUCCAUUUCACCUAUUUUUCCCCCUUCUUGGUGAUGCUGUGGAUUUCAAAGCCAGUGCACCAGCUCAUGAAGGCUUUUUAGAGAUCUUGGUUUUUGUAUGUACAGUCAUGGUCAUUUUUAAUAAAUGUGGUGCAUUAGGGGGAA